AUGGAGAACAUCCAUGUCGACGCUGUCAAGUACGGCCAUGACUGCAACUAUGCCAGAGAUGUCAAGAAACGCGGGCGCAAGCCACUGUCUCAGCGAUUAGGGCAUGUCCCACAAGCAUCACCGGAACCCGUGUCUCCGGAUAUCUGGGGCGACCUCCCGGACCACUACAGCCCUCUUCCUGCAUCAGGUUCACCAUCUCACAACAAUGCUGGCCAGGACUCCAGGAUCAUCGAGAGAGUUCAGACCAUUCCUCAUGACCCGAUUCCGAGCAGUCGGCCAGGCUUUGAUGCCUACCCGGGGGCAGGCUACAGCAAUGGGGAAGUGAUGUCCCGUAUCAUCCGAGAUGGCGAUGAUGAGGAUAGCCAGCAUCGACCAAGAAUAGCUCACCCAGUCAGGCGUAUCAGCCAGCUCAUCAACCCGCCGCUUCCACCACCCACACGGACCAACGGGGUAGACCACAGCCGCCCUGUUCUGCCACCAAUGAGCGCUCCUCCAUUGACACAGCACUUCAGCGGCGAUAGAAGACAAGCGACAUGUCGUUACAAAUGUCUGGAACCCGUCAUGCCGCUCAUAGACGAAGUGAUCGAAGCCGAACUGGCAUGUGACCUUCUCGAGUUCUAUUUCGCUGAGCCAGACUCUGCUCUGUUCCGGCAUGCCUCUCCAUACGUACUCUCGCCUGUCAUUCGCAGACACUCACUGCUGCAUCCAAGGAAUCCCAGACCGACCACGGCCGCUCUGCUUGUCACGAUGAUAUGGACAAGUGCACAAACAGCGGACAUUCCUUUUCUGUCACUUCCGGGUCGGCGAGGCCAGAUAUGCGAGAAAUUGCGGGUGCUUGUUAUGGCGCUCGUCCAUGACCGAGACCGCGACCACUGGCACAGAGCCUUGGGUGGUCGUCUUCUCAAGGAGGAAAUAUUCCACUCCCACUCAUCACACAUGCAUUUUGACGACACCAUGAGUUCCGACGAGCCACCUUGUCAGACCAUUGAUGAUCUGCUCACUCUGAUCCUUAUCACAAUAGUCGUAUCGGGAGGUGACUUCAAGCCUGACUGCUUCAUUUGGCUCAAUAAGUCCCUCAACCUGUCGACAUCAAUGGGAUUGAACCGGACCGAUGGAUUAUGCAGCGAGGCUGACGGCUCUUGUAAGAACAGUCUGUGUGGGUGUCGCAGUCGAAGUAACCUUACGUCCUCACCGUUAGCUGAAAUUGAGGCGCAAGAGGAGAGACGGCGAGUGUUCUGGCUUCUGUUCUCGCUCGAUCGACAUCUAGCGCUGUCGUUCAACGGUAAUCUCUUCAUUCACGAUGACGAGGUUCAUGUGUACAGUCCGUUGCCUGAUGAUACCUGGGAGAACCUGGAGACUGCUCCUUCCGAGGUCUUGGCUCGACGUACCUUCGGACCACCGACUGUGGUCAGUGGCGUUGGGUUCUUCGAGUACUUCACUCCGCUGAUGACUCUUCUUGGCGACGUCAUCGAAACCCAUCGGCGUUCCUCGCAUCCUCGCCUAGGAACUCUCAACGACACCGCAGCAGUAGCCAUGAUCGAGACCCUCCUCGAGAGCUGUGCACGUUCCAUCGACGAUUUGUCGGCCCUUCAUGAUGUGGACAAAUACAGCAAUGGCACCCAACAAAUCCCCGCAAACUAUAUGGGCAACCCCGUCAUGACUCCGAGCACGAACUACUCCCCAACCGACCAAGGCCCAUUCAGCGCAUCCACCACACACUUCCCACAAGCACGGAAACUGAGACGUGGGCAAGUAUUGCUAGUCACCUCUUACGCCCGCUUCAUCGUUAACGUCCUCCACGUCCUUCUCCACGGCAAAUGGGAUGCUGUCAGCAUGCUGUCCCCAGACACUCCACCCCCGUCGCCUUCCCAAGCACAUGGUCCAUCUUCCUUGGGUAUCAGCAACUGGAUCACGUCCGUCGAGUUCAUGAAAUGCGCUUCACAUGCGAUCCUCGCAUCCGAGGCUGUCGAGACGAUCCUAUCUGCUGAUCCUGAGCUGACCUUCAUGCCGUACCUGCUUGGCAUCUACCUCCUCCACGGCUCCUUCAUUCUGCUGCUCUUCGCAGAUCGGAUGCCGCAGGUCGGGCAGAAUGAGAGCGUCGAGCGCGCUUGUGAAACGAUCAUCCGAGCCCACGAGGUAUGCGUUGUGACGUUGAGCACGGAGUUUCAGAAGCGGUUUCGGAAAGUGCUCAGGGCGACGCUGUACGAGGUCAGGAAGAACAUCAAUGGCGAGGGGAUCGAUACUGCCGCUGGAGAAGGGGCUAAUGGGAACCACCGACGGGAUAGUGAAGUUGAGACAGAGGAAGUCAAGGCGAGGAGAAGUGCGCUGAGUUUGUACAGGUGGACGAGAGGGAGUAGAGGUCUGGCUCUGUAG